AUGUUUAGCUUAUUACUUUCAAGGGGAAGAUCUACCAUGCAGUUUCAUGCAAAAACGAAACAUAAGUGCCCAUGAAACAACAUCGUUGACAUCGAAGAAUCAGAAGGAAAUGUCGAGCAGACAAGCGCUUUCACCAACUUCAGCACCUCCAAAUUGGCAACAUCAUAGAUCUUUUUCCAGUUCGAGUAGUCCUAUGUUAGGUGGUGUUGUCAUUGCCAUCAUAAUACUAUUUGUUGCAGGAUGGCUGUGUUUCUGUUUCAGAAGGAAGCUUUUUGCCAAUUUCAGGCUAUGGAGGAGGCAGAAAGGAAAACUCGAUGCAGCCAAAAUGAAUUUAAGGCACUUUCGUCUGGAAGAACUACAGAAGGCUACGGAUAAUUUCAGCCAAUCUUGCUUGGUCGGCUGUGGAGCGUUUGGUAACGUCUAUCGUGGUACGUUUGAGGCGGAGGGAACGCUAGCGAUCAAGAAGCCCCAUGCAGUAUCAUAUACAAGCACAGAAGAAUUCAGAAAUGAGGUGAAGUUGCUAUCAAAAGUGAAGCAUGACAACCUUGUAGGGCUGGUGGGCUUCUGCGAGGAAACCGGGCCAAAGGCAGCAAAAAUCUUGGUCUACGAGUAUGUGACUAACGGUUCACUACUCGACUACAUCAUGGGAAGGGGAGGAAGGAGCUUAACUUAA